AUGGAGAAGCUUGUCCUUGCACUGAUUCACGCGUCUAGAAGGCUGCGCCGAUAUUUCGCCAAUCACGUCAUCCACGUGCUAACAAAUUACAAUAUUGGGAAUAUCCUAGCAAGGCCAGAAAUAUCAGGAAGGCUGGCCAAAUGGGCAAUAGAGCUAGGGGGACACAACGUAGUCUUCAGACCACGACCGUCGAUCAAAGGCCAGGUUUUGGCAGACUUCAUGACAGAAGUCCCGGAUGACAAAGACAGAGAGUGUAAGGCGAUGGAGAAAGCGGAGAAAAAACAAACCGAAGAGCCAUGGAUGCUGUAUACAGACGGUGCAUCCAACGAAGAUGGGGCAGGCGCGGGGCUACGACUAGUAAGCCCUGACAAACACGAGUUCACUUACGCCAUACGCCUAGACUUCAAGAGCACAAAUAACGAAGCAGAGUACGAAGCCUUUCUGGCCGGCUUGCGUUUGGCAAUCAAAAUGGGAGUCCGACACAUCGAAGCACAUGUGGACUCCAUGUUAGUAGCAGGCCAAAUCAAUGGUCAAUACGAAGCCAAGGGAGACAUAAUGGCACUCUAUCUCAACCAAGCAAAGACGUUGCUGCAAACCUUCUAUUCUUACAAGGUGCACCACAUAAACCGCAGUGAAAACAAGCCGGCAGACGCCUUAAGCAAGCUUGCGUCAACAAGCUUCCAACACCUAGCCAAAGACGUGCGCAUAGAAGUUUUAAGCAACCCAUCUGUUCCACUCAGAGAAGUCAGCGUCAUCCAAACAGGAACCACGUCCUGGAUGACACCCAUAAUCAUGUACUUACAGUCCGGGAUACUUCCAGUAAAUAAAGCUGAGGCGCGGAAAAUCCAGUAUAAAUCAGAACAUUAUCAGAUGGCAGACGGGAUAUUGUACCGAAAGUCAUAUCUCGGCCCGCUGCUAAGAUGUGUUGACGCCGACGACGCAAAUUAUCUGAUCCGGGAAGUACAUGAAGGCAUCUGCGGUAUCCACGCCGGGCCGCGCAUGGUGGUGGCAAAAGUAAUGAACGCCGGUUACUACUGGCCCGUAAUGCACCUCGAUGCCGUGAAGGAAUUAAGGAAGUGCAGCGGCUGCCAACGGCAUGCACCAAAAACCAUGCGUCCAAAAAACGAAUUGGUACCAGUAACAACCGCAUGGCCCUUUCAGCAAUGGGGCAUAGACAUGGUGGGCCCUUUCCCAGAAGCUCCGGGGGCAGUCAAGUUCAUCAUCGUCGCGGUCGAUUACUUCACCAAGUGGGUGGAAGCAAAAGCACUUGCGUCAACCACAUCGGCAGUCGUUAAACGAUUCAUCUGGGAACAAAUCAUAUGUCGGUUCGGCCUGCCACUCCGAAUCAUCACCGACAAUGGUACAAACUUUGCAGCAGAUGAUCUCGAACGAUGGUUCAAGGAACUAAACAUUGAACAUACCUUCUCGUCGGUCGCACAUCCGCAAGGGAAUGGUCAAGUUGAAGCGGUCAACAAGAGCAUCGUCGAUGGCAUCAAAGCGAGGCUCGGUGAAAAAAGACGAGGGCCGGAAACUUCUAAUCAAGAAUGGCUAGAACCAGCACCUCCUGCACCACCAUCGCCAUCAUCUCCCAAAGCUUUCUUCAGUAAAGCUACUCCAUCCGCUUUAUGA